GUUUUAUUAGCAGUAACGUGGAUUACAGUCGACUGGAAUCAUGAAGGUAGCCUGUAUUUUCCUGUUGUGUCUGGCUGCUGGAAGUCAAGCCAAUUUUUUCGAUGACCUGAAGAAUGCCUUCACAAAUGUUGGACACGCCCUAACAAAUACAGUCCAAGCUGUAGGAGAUCAGGCUAAAGUAGUUGGACAGAACCUUCUCAAUGCAGCUGCUGAACAAGGAAAGCAGCUCGCUUCUCAGGCUCUUCAGAGUCUGCUGAUGGGAACCAUGAACGCUCUCAGUAAUCCUGGCGGUACAGACACGACUGGUACCAAAAGAUCUCUUUCUGAAAUCCUCCAACAGUCAAAGCCUUUGACUGAUGCCGCCAAGCAGAUUGUGGAUGAGAAGAUGGAUAAACUGAAAGGUGUCUACACAGAGGCUGUGGACAAGCUCAAAAGUCUUUCAUCUAAACUGACCGAUCUUCCCACUUCUGAACUUAUCCGCAAAGUUGACCAGGUCGUUGCUGCCCAUCACAUUAUUGCUGACGAUAUCCAGACCGAGCUCGUAACUGAAUUGACUGGACUCUUCGGAAAGGUCCUCGCAUUGCACCCAGGAAAUAAGAGAAGCACCUUUACAGACGCCCUUGCUACAGUUGGACAAGGCCUUGCCAACUUCUUCCAGCCCCAUGUCCAAGCAGUUCAGCAGCUGGUCAAUGGAGUGGGUGAAUCAUUGAAACAGACAGCCACUGCAUUCCACACAAGUUUGACCACAGGUACUCACGGAGAUGCUGUUCAUCAGUCUGUGUCCGCCCUGGCACAACACGGAAAAAAUGCACUGGAUGCUCUAAAGGACGCAGUUUCCGAUGUCCUUCAACAAACUCUGACCAACAUGCAGCCACACCUUGUUAACCUUCUCAAUCACGGUUCCCAGGCUCUUCAAGAAACCCUCGCCAAACAAAAUACAGGCACAACAUCUGAGUAGAUUGAUUAUGUUG